UCCUUUUCAUUUUCCACCGCACAGAGAUUUAACACAGAUACACGUAUCAGUUAGUGUUCCAAUAAUUUAAUGUAUUCAAAUCCGGCUUGACUUUUACAGCUUGUCCCGGUUUGUUUUUGAACAGGCCGAUGCCUCGGACACCUACACGGGGUCCUGGAAGUGCCCGGUCUGUUUUUCCCUCUCCGGACACGCCUCUUCCUGGGGGCGGGGUCGUGGGUGAGCGCGGCCAACGGCGUCCCCGCCACUGCGCAGCCGCAGGAGGACGGUACCACGGCGCCUGCGACAUGGGGGGGCGCGGAGGAGACGCCGGAAGUCGCGGUGGUACGGGUCGGCCUGAGGGGUACUCAGCGCCCGCAGCCUCUACCCGCGCGGCGGCCAGAGCCCAGGCCCGUGGGGGUGGGCGUGGCGGUCGCCGGAACACAACCCCGUCCGUUCGCUGUAGGCGCGGGGCGGCGCCGCCGCGUCGCUCGCCUUCACCAGCGGCCAUGAGCGAGCGCCUCCGCCCCAGGAAAAGGAGAAGAAAUGGCAAUGAUGAUGACAACCACCUACCACCCCAGACCAAAAGAAGCAGUAGGAACCCCAUCUUCCAGGACUCCUGGGACACAGAGUCUUCGAGCAGCGACAGCGGUGGGAGCAGCAGCAACAGCAGCAUCAACAGCCCGGACAGGGCCAGUGGGCCAGAGAGCAGCUUGAGCCACAUCAUCCCUGGAUCCUGCCCCAGCACCCCCCAGCCGGUGCUGCCCGAGCAGUCUGCACUGUGCCAAGGCCCUUACUUCCAUAUCAAUCAGACCCUGAAGGAGGCCCAUUUUCACAGCCUGCAGCACCGAGGCCGGCCUCUGACAUGAUGCUCCGGCAGUUUCUUGCCUUCUGUGAAGGGACAGCACUGUGCAUAUUGAAUAUUUCAACUUAAUGAUUUGUUUUUAAAAGUUGCACACAGAAAAAAAAAAUGCCUGUUGGCUUUUAGUCUAUAUUGAGUAUUGGGUCAGCAGGCAGCUGUUUACGUGGGGUUUUGCUGCAUUAUUGCAAUUUCAGAGGGGCUUGGGAGCAAUUUUUUAUAGGAUUCUUUUGAGAGAGGGCAUCAAGUCCAUGUCAUGGCAGUGUUUGAGGAAGUCUCUGACUGAUUUCCACAUCCGUCAGACAUUUACUGUAUGUAAGAGCCUCUUAAAAAUGUGGGAUCUUCAGUUUUUUUUUUUUUUUUUUAACUCAAUAAACUAGUAAAGAAUA